AUGGUGCAGAGCCGGCACGCACGGUCUGAGCCGGCAGUACUGGAUGCACGCCGGGAGGAGGGGUAUGGCAUCGGGACGCGUGUAUCAUGUGAGGCUACAGUAGACGGCGUGCAUCACCCGGCAGAGAUAGUGGAGCGCAAGCUGGACAAGGCAGGUGGCCUCCACUACUAUGUCCACUACACAGAGUUUGACAAGCGGCUGGACGAGUGGGUGCCUGCUUCCCGCAUCUCCGGCCUGCACAGCGUGGGCAGCGGGGAGGGUCUGUCCCGCGCCAGCACCGCGCCGGCGUCGGACCUGCUGGCGGGCCUGACAGGGGACCAGAAGAUGACGCGGCGCCUGAAGCGCCAGUUUGCGGAGAUGCACCAUGUGGGCCCCGGGGUGGAGGAGCUGCCCCCUCUGGACCAGCACGCGGAGAAGGAGCACCAGGAGAAGACCAAGGUUAAGAACGUGCAGAGCAUCGAGCUGGGGCGGUACCAGAUGGACACCUGGUACUACAGCCCCUACCCCGAGCCGCACGCGUCCUGCGAGCGGCUGUACAUCUGCGAGUACACGCUGAAGUACUUCCGCAAGCGGCGCACGCUGCUGCGCCACCUGGCCAAGACCCCCCUGCGCGCGCCGCCCGGAGACGAGAUCUACCGCUCGCCGCCGCCGCCGGCGUCGGACCCGGGCCGUGUGGGCGGCGCGAUCGCGUCCCCCCCCCUCUCCAUGUACGAGGUGGACGGGAAGAAGGCCAAGGUGUACUGCCAGAACCUGUGCCUGCUCAGCAAGCUGUUCCUAGACCACAAGACGCUGUACUACGACGUCGACCCCUUCCUCUUCUACGUGCUCUGCGAGCGCGAUGCGCACGGCAGCCACGUCGUAGGCUACUUCAGCAAGGAGAAGGACUCGGCGGAGGGGAACAACCUGGCGUGCAUCCUCACCCUCCCCGCGCAUCAGCGCAAGGGGUAUGGCCGCUUCCUCAUCGCCUUCUCCUACGAGCUGAGCAAGAAGGAGGGCCGGCUGGGCAGCCCGGAGCGGCCGCUCUCCGACCUGGGCGCCGUGUCAUACCGCUCGUACUGGAUGCGGGCCAUCCUGGAGGCGCUGCGAGAUCACCGCUCUGCCAUGAGCAUCAAGGACAUCAGCGAGGCCACCGCCAUCCGCACCGACGAUGUCGUGAAGACGCUCGAGAGCCUGAGUCUGAUCAAGUACUGGAAGGGAGACCACAUCAUCAGCGUGACCCAGAAAAUAAUAGAGGAGCACAUGCGCUCCAUCGCCAACCAGAAGACGAUAGACAUCGACGUCUCCAGGCUACACUGGACGCCGUAUGGCAAAUUGGACGGGAGGAGGUAG